AUGGUGACUGGAAUUAUCUCCUCGUUGAGGAGCACUCGGCUUUUGCUGAUUGGAUUGAUAUGUCUAUACGCUAUCGAUUUUGCGAUGGCAGAGGAGACUUCAUUCUACAAAUCAAGACCCGACAUCUACCCACCAGUCUUUAAAGUCGAAAAGUCCGACCCCAACAAACUAAGCCCUGGAUACAUCUUCAUUACACCUUACGAGCUGCAAAAUCCUGGACCUUACAUAUUCGACAACACAGGGGAGUUAGUAUGGAGCGGCUGGGGUAUCUCAGGUCCGGGAAAUGCGCAUGGCCUCCACGUGUGCAAGUAUAACGGCGCCGAUCAUCUAUGCUUUUUCCAAGGAAACCAACAAAAAGGUUACUGUCGCGGACAUGGCAUCAUCAUGGAUCAGAACUAUAGAGUGGUACGGUCUAUACAGCCAGGCGGAGGAAUGGCGUCCAGCGAUAUGCACGAAUUUCGCCCGAUCAACGAUGGGAAAACCGCUCUAAUGACUAUCUAUCAACAACGACAAUUUGACAUGACACCGUGGAACGUCAAGACCGGAGUUGGUUGGCUCAUGGAAAGUGUUUUCCAGGAAGUUGACGUGGAAACAAGCAAGGUCAUUUUUGAAUGGCGGUCGCUUGACCAUGUUGAUCCUUCAGAUAGCUUUACUUGGCCGUCGCACACCGAUACCUCUGGCACCGGGCUGAAUGUUCAUGAGCCAUGGGACUAUUUCCAUAUCAACUCUAUCGACAAGAAUGCAGAUGGCGACUACCUGAUUUCGUCACGACAUACCUGUGCGAUUUACAAGAUCUCUGGCAAAGACGGCUCUGUGAUCUGGCGCCUUCAUGGUGCCCAGCCCACUUUCCGCAACAUCAACUUCAGCUUUUCCCAGCAGCACGACGCUAGAUUCCUGUAUGAGAACGCCACACACACCUUCAUCUCACUUUACAACAACGGAUACAACGGGUUCAACAAAACACACACAUACUCGUCUGGUAUGAUCAUUUUGAUCGACCAUGUGGAAAACACGGCUCUUCAGAUUCGCGAUUACGCCCCAAUCUCCAAUGACCUGGUGAGCUCUAGUCAAGGAAACCUGCAGAUGCUUCAAAAUCGCAAUGUCUUCAUUGGAUGGGGCAACAACCCCUUUGUAUCUGAGCACGACGAGGCUGGGAAUCUGCUGUUCUGGGGUGCAUUCGCAAAGGAUACUGUGAUGAACUACCGUGCCAUGAAGUUCGAGUGGAACGGCAUGCCAACAGACUCCCCUGCACUUUGGUCAUACUCCCGGACAGCUGAGCCUUUCUCUCCAACAAGUUUCUACGUAAGCUGGAACGGCGCAACCCGCGUCAAGACAUGGAAAUUCUACGGUGCAAUGAACAUGACCGGACCAUGGACAUUGCUGGACAAUGUCAACAAGACCGGAUUUGAGACUGAGUACACCAACGCCAGUUUCUAUCUUUGGUCGAAGGUUGAGGGCCUGGAUCACGAAGGCAAUGUACUCGGUCAAUCUGAGACCAAAUACACAUUCGUGCCCUCAGCGGAGCUGCGCGAGUUCUGCGCGGACUCUACAUGCCUGGAUGCACCGGGAUACGGCUUCCCGGGCGAAGAGGCAGCUCGGCCAUUCAUUCCUCCCGUGGGAGUGAAUACUGUCCCUUGGAUUGACCCGGCUAAUCCAGGGUCAAACAUUUGGACCAAUCCAUCCGGAUAUCCGCACUCUUCGGGAACUCUCAAGUACUCGAAGGGGUGGGAUCUUGGCCGCCUACUUGCGUGGAGUUGCGUUCUUAUUGUCGUAAUCCCCAUUUCCGCCGGAAUCUAUCUCGGAUAUCGAUUCUAUAUGAGGCACUCGGUUGACAAACUGCAGGAUCAGGAGUCCUCCGAGCCUCUCAACGGAAUGAGUGAGCGGAAACAUCCCAGAGCUCCCAUUGGUCUUCCCUGGUGGAAUUGGCGCCGGUGGAAUGGAAAGGGCGACCCGCCACGUUAUCACUCACUUGGCGGGCGGAGUUCGCAAGAGCAUGGACAUCGGCAGCGGAACGAAUGA